CCAUGAGGCCUCCAGGGGACAUUUCCCCAGCAGACCAGUCUCAGAAGGAAGGAAGGUCCCAGCCAGCACCAUGACAGAGCUGGAGACAGCCAUGGGCCUCAUCAUCGACGUCUUCGCCCGGUACUCAGGCGGCGAGGGCAGCCGGCAGACCCUGACCAAGGCGGAGCUGAAGCAGCUCAUGGAGAAGGAGCUCCCCGGCUUCCUGCAGAGCGGAAGGGACAAGGAUGCUGUGGGCAGACUGCUCAAGGACCUCGAUGCCAACGGAGAUGCCGAGGUGGACUUCAGUGAGUUCAUCGUGUUUGUAGCCGCACUCACGUCUGCCUGUCACAAGUACUUUGCACAGACAGCAUCCAAGUGAUGCCCUGCACCAGCAGGACCUGGGAGGAGUCCCUGGCUCCCAGCCCCUGUUGGCAAUUAGCUCCUUGGGCUGAGCCAAAGUCCCCUAAUUAAUAAAUGCUGGUGAAUGAUCCUGCUCUCAAA